GUUGAUAUUCAUUUAUUCUGCACCGCCAAAGAAAUUAUAAUAGAGUUUGCUCGUUUUGUAGAAAUGGAUGUAACCUCUGACAAUUGCGGCAUCGUUGACACUAAGGAAAUAAGAUGUCGUACAUGCAUAAAGCGCGCCUCAAACUACCACUCAUUGCAACAAAUGAUUAGCGAAAUAGAUAUUCACUCAAAAACUUACGGUGAUUUAUUAAGCGACUUAUUGCAAGUGGACUAUACAAGUAUCGAAGACCAUUUACCGCAAAAAAUCUGCAUAAAGUGUGCUUGUUUACUAAAAAAAAUAUACGCAUUUAUCCUUGGAGCACAGAAGCGGCAUGAGGAAUUUAUGCAGCAUUUAGGUGGCAAUACAACUCGCAACUGUUUAAAGGAAAUCCCUAUAGAUUUGCCUCCCAUAAACAAAGUGCAAAUUAAGACAAAUCCUGAAGAAAAUGAAGAAGCGCACGGUUUGUUAGAACUAGUAAAAGUGCAUAUUAAAACAGAGCCACAUAUAACGGAGGAAAAAUGUAAAAAAGAACAAACUUACGUAUCAUUAAAGUGCAGUUUAAACCCCGAUUCCGACAGUAAAACGGAGAACAGUGAUUACCGCCUAAUAAACGUAUGCAACGAUACUAACGAUGCAUUAUUAGCGACGGAAGAUGAAACCAAAGAAGACUUUACAAUACCUCAAACAUUUUUGGCUGUACGUUGUGACAUCUGCGAUAAAGUCUACGAUAAUGCAGUUGCUCUGAAAAAACACAAAACAUAUACUCAUAUGCCAGAGGAACAAAAGAUUCCUUGCGCGUUAUGUAGUUUUAGGACCAGCCGCACGUCAGCAAUAAAAGUUCAUUUAGGAACCAUACACGGUCCAGAAAUGGUUGAUAAAUAUUUCAAACCUCGCAAAGCCAAAGGAAGGUUUUGUUGCACUUUAUGUCCCAAACGUUAUAGUCGAAAAGAUGAUUUGCAAAAGCAUGUCAAAAAAGUACAUAUUAAUGGCGAGAAUGUGGAAAAGAAGCCAAAAUCAGAACAGGAAUGCAAAAAAAAAGCAAAUCAGGUUUACUUAUGUGCUUUCUGUGGUCAAUCAUUUGCGGAAAAUGGAACUUUGAGCAAGCAUAUACGAAUUCAUACCGGUGAUAGCCCAUUUAAAUGUGAAUUCUGUGAAAAGACCUUUAAACGCUCAGAAUGUUUAAGAUAUCAUUUGGUUACACAUAGCGAUGAAAAGCCUCAUAUUUGUUCAGAGUGUGGUAAAUCUUUUAAACGCAAAGAUAAAUUGCGCACGCACAUGCGUGUCCACUCGGAAUUACGCCCUUACAAGUGCACUGAAUGCGAAAAAACUUUUAAGUAUUCAUCUGUGCUUAAAACGCAUAUGCAAAUUCAUACUGGUCAGACACCGUUCUCAUGUAGAACUUGUGGUGAACAUUUUUCCUUAAGGACUUCUCUAAAUACGCAUUGUUUUAUGGCAAUGAACGAAUCCUUUAAUACCUGCUUCACGAAAAUAACAUUAAGAAGAUGUCGCACAUGCACAAGAGCGGAAUCAAGCUAUCGUAGCUAUCUGUCUUUGCAGGAAAAGAUAAAUAACAAAUCGAAAACUUACGACGAGCUGUUAAAAGAUUUGUUACAAGUGAAGCGUAUUAUUCCUUUUGAAAACCAAUUGCCGCAAAAAAUUUGCGAAAAGUGUGCCAGUUUUCUGAAGAAUAUCUACACAUUCCUCUUAGAAGCUAAGAAAAGACAUGAAGAGCUUCUACAGUAUAUGCAGAAGAACGAUAAUGAAAGCUGUCUAUCGGAAAUGCCUAAGAUACAGGAAAUGCAAGUUAAGACAGAAGCUGCCAAGAUCGAGUCCACUAACUUAGGACUAACGCAGUCAUUGAAAGCGAAUGAAACUGAAUGUAUGUUGUUAAAACCAGUUGAAAUGAAAAUUAAGACGGAACUAGAAGUGUUGGAAUCAGAAACCUUGCUUUUAAACGAUGGAGCUGAAAAUAAUAAUUCUUCAGUAAAAUCUGAUUUAAGUGAUAACGAUUGUAAAGCAGAUGGAUAUAAUGAAAGGUUUAGUUUCAGCGAUCAAAGUGCCAUGAACAGCAGCACGUGUACUGGUACUAGUAAUGCCUUCUCAUUAGCGCAAGAUGGCCAUUUGCUUAACAAUUCUUGUAAUAUUUGUGGUAAAAUCUAUAGGAAAGCAGCAGCUUUAAGAAGACAUAAAAGUUGCAGUCACAUGCAGGAAGAUGAGAAGAUGUGCUCUACAUUGUGCACUUUUAGAACUGGUAAUAUGGCAAACCUGAAUGAUCACUUAAGGACGCUACAUGGUGCAAAAAGUGUAACUACACACUCCACACGAAUUUUUUGUUGCACCUUAUGUCCGAAACGUUACAGUCGCAAAAAUGACUUGGAAAGACAUAUGAAAAAAGCACAUUUAAGUAAUGAGAGAUACAAAUCACCUCAUUUAUGCUCCUUUUGUGGUAAAUCUUGUAUAAAUAAACAGAAAUUAAUGAUACAUGUGCGCAUUCACACCGGUGAUCGCCCGUUUAAAUGUGAUUCGUGUGAAAAGGCCUUCCGGAGCUCUGAGAGUUUAAAAUAUCAUCUGAUCACACACAGUGAUGAAAAGCCGCACGCAUGUUCCGAGUGUGACAAAUCAUUUAAACAUAAAGAUAAAUUGCGGGCGCAUAUGCGCCUCCAUUCCGUUGACAAGCCCUUUAAAUGCGAAUUGUGUGAGAAAGCCUUCAGACGUUCAGAAAGUUUAAAAUAUCAUCUCGUAGAAUAUCAUAACGAGAGACCGCAUAUUUGUUCGGAAUGCGGAAAAUCUUUUAAAAAAAAGGAUAACUUGCAUGUGCAUAUGCGCGUGCACUCGGGGUUACGCCCUUACACGUGCAAUGUAUGUGAAAGAACAUUUAAGUACUUGUCUGGGCUGAAAAGUCAUAUGCCCGUUCACACUGGUCAAAAGCCUUUUUCAUGCAAAAGUUGUAGUAAGAGUUUUGCUCGUAAGACAAAUUUAAGCGCACACUGUAAGAAGAAUGGUCAUGAGAAUUAAAGUAAAAUCAAAAACAAUGAAUUGUACUCAUUCUCAUUC